AUGGCCAAAUUCCAGAUCCCGCGGCCCUCCGGCGGUAACCUGGGAAGGACAAAGAACUUGCUUCAUUUCACACAAGCCCUCAUCAUCUUCGUUGCCUGGGCCAUGACCAUCGCCAUUUGGACCAAGGGCGAUGGCAUCGACGGCCGUACCGUUUGGUACUGGAUCUUGUGUUGGAUCAGUAUCCCCGCCUUGGUUUACCUCGCUGCCGUCCCCAUGUGGCCCCGGGCCCGUCGCUUCGGAAAUGUUUACGCUUUCGCCACGGUCGAUGGACUUUAUGCGCUCUUCUGGUUCAGCGCAUGGAUCUGUCUCGCUUCCUACGUCGCACAAGGCAAGAGUAUCGGCAAGUCCAGCGAUAGUGACAGCGACAGCGAUCAGGAUAAAAACAAGCGAGCCAGCAGCACCAAGAAAGGAUGCGACAACUGGGCAUACGGCAGUUCGAGCAAGUGCAAUGUCAGCACUGCCACGACCAUCAUUGGUGUUGUGAUCUUCAUUCUCUUCGGAAUCACCACCUGGUUGUCCCUCCGCAACGUCAUGCACUUCCGUCGCACCGGUACCCUCCCUGAUGCCGUCUCCGACCCGACCUUCGCCGCUCAAUCCAAGGCCGCUUUCUCCAACAACCCGCCCCACGACUUCGAGGAGGACGAGGAUGACUUCCGUUCCGGCCGCGGCGGUGGCAUGGCAGCCUCCUCGCGCGGCGACCAGGAUGAAGACUACGCCCUCCUACAACAAAACGAAGCCGAUGAGACGGGCCGAUCCGCAAUGCACGGCGCAUAUGAUCCCACCGCACCCGCGCCUAGCAGUGUUCUCCACGACUACGGCAAUACCAGCUACACCGGCGCAGAAACCAGCUACGGCGGUUCCAGCACUAGCUACGGUGAUCACACCACUAGCUAUGGUGAUCGCAACACUAGUUACGGUAGUGGCCAGGCACCACAGCAAAUGCCUUAUUCUCCAUCUGAAUAUAGCACAACAAUGAGCGGAUACCCGCGAAACAAACCGGACUCAAGUCCACCACCCACCAAAAUGGCCAGCGAAAUCGACCUCUACAACCAAUACCCCCUCCACAUGGACCCAGCCACAAAAGCCAUCUCCCUCCCCCAAUCCACCGCCUACACCACCAUCCAACAAACCACAGUCACAAACGAACUAAACGAACUAAACGCUCUCCACCGUGCCCUCCUCGCCCUCGACCCGCCCAACAUCCCCCCACCCCCGCUGCCCGUAAACCCCAAGCGCAGCGCCCAAAUCACCAAGCUCCGCGAAACCGCCAACACCGCCUUCCGCAAAAACAACUACGCCGAGGCCAUCCGCCUCUACACAUUCGCCAUCGACAUGGGCGUCUCCCGGCCCGGAUGGGAGCCCGUUACGCUGGCGCGCGAGGAGUUGGCGGGUUUGUAUGGGAAUCGGGCGCAGGCGCAAAUGGCGCUAAUGGCGUGGCCGGAGGGACUGGUUGAUGCAAAGCUGAGUGUUGACUCGAAGCCGUUGGGGAAUGUUAAGGCUUGGUGGCGGGUUGGGAAAUGUUUGGCGGAGAUGACGAGGUAUGAGGAGGCGAAGGGGUUUCUUAGUAAGGGGAUUGAGCUUGAGGGGCAGGGGGAUGGGGCGAAGGAGUUGGUUGCGUUGUUGGUUGAUGUUGAUGCUGCGUUGAAGAGGGUUCAGGGUGCUUAG